GCGUAAGCUCUGUCCGUUGGUUACCGGGACCUGACGGAUUUCAAAUCAUGCACAAAGUGUAACGGAUAGCUAAUGCGCGUCUAUUGGUUUUCUAUAUCCGGUUUCUGAGCCAAGUAACGGCGAAUUCCACGUACGAUCGAGGUACGGAUCGUGCCCCAGCUGCCCUGGCAUUGCUGAUAUAAUUAACACCGUAUCAGAAGGCGCCGCGAGCCAAUCACUCGCAACUUGAGCGAGUUUUAUAAAAGGACGUAGUGUGUGCAUAAUACACUUAGAAACACCCAGUGAUCACCUAGAACUGUCGGAAUCACACUUAGUUCAAGUGAUUCUAUACCGUGUUAUUAGGCCUCGCGCACGAAUCACAAUUCGCUCAAUUCAACUGCAGUCGAGACGCACUUCAAUCCGCUCAACAUGAAGGGAUUUUUCCUGGUUUUCUUUUUGGCGACCUGUGAGAUUUUAGUGAUGGACGCUCGUACGCCUUGGUCAUUCAAGAGUGCGCGAGCGGCAUUGUGGAAGGAACGAGUAAGAGCUGUGCUCCAAUCCGUGCGCACACAACCAUGCUGGCGACCAGUACGACCGGCCAAUUGUCGGCCUGUUAGCCGACUCCCAGAGCAGCGCAUGAAUCUAUUCAUUGCGCAAAAGUCUAGGUCUGGAGAAAAACUGAUAGCUACGUUACCAGAUAAACGGCACUAUAGUCUCCUACCCAGCAAUCAGCACCUUCACGAUGCAGUAAUCGCCAUUGACCCGUACCCAAGCGCGAGCUUCGGUCACCUUGUGUAUGUAUUCUUUGUGGAAGAAAAUGCCGACCAGAUCAACUGCACUUCAGAUGGAUACGGGCAGUUAACCGCAAGCGGCGAUUGCAUAAGACCAGCUAACAAAACCUACUGUCGAAAUGUUGUGGACGAGAGAAAACGCAAGAGAUGCUGGAUUGACUUUCUUCCGCUUGUCUACUCUCAAGGUGACUAUAAAAAGACCCAGAGGUUAGAAUGCGAAGAAGGCAUUCUCGGCUUUGGAAAGUGCCAAAUCAGCAAGAAAAGGCAAUUGCGAGGGUGCGCGAAUUCUCAGCGUUGUUCAAAAAACAUCCCGGACGUCCCGAAGAUGUGCAUGUGGAGCAAGUGUGACUACGCCGUGAUGGUCGGCGGCGAGUGGAGCGCACAAGCGUCCAGAUCGUACCACGAGGAGAACUUAAGACUGUUCUGGAAAUUCCUACGACACCACAAGUUUAACAAGAACCAUAUCGCCACCUUUUACGGCAGCGACGGCGGAAUUGAGUUGGAUGGCGAUCCUUCGACUUCAGAUGCCUCCCCCGCCAUCAAAGAGACAGGCAUCCGUCGCCAUAUCAACAGGCUGUGUGAUUCGCAAUGGUGUAUAGACACUUUAGUAAUCUACCUGACAGGGACCGCGCACAGUAACGGAGCGCUGCUUUUGUGGGACUCAAAUGAUGACGGCCUUACAGAGAACGCGGAGAAAUACAACGUGAAAGAGAUCUUUGAGGACAUUGCCGACUGUAACGCCAACAAGGUGAUCAUAGUGGCGGAUUACAGCUACUCUGGACAUUUGGCGCAUAGGCUAAAGAAGUAUCAGCAGACUAGAUGGCGGAGGUUUGAGAACGUUACAGUGAUGACGUCAUCUCAGUCGGAUGAGUACUCGUGGGGCGGGGAGUUCACCAAGGCCCUACUGAGGCGUGGUAUCGGGAAUAACACCAAGUGUAUGGGCCAGUUGCUCAAGGAGGUGAGACGAGACUUUAGGCGGCAAGGCAUUAACUCCACGCCAACACUGGCCGAGGGGUCAAGAGGUUCUGGUAAUAGCACGGUCUGCGGUAAGCAAUGCGGGAUGCCCUGGGCCCAGGCAUGGAAGGGAGAGAGAGAAGGGUGCACUGUAACCCCCAUCACCGAGAUCGCAAGACCGAGAAGGCGAUACGCCCGCCCUAACCGGAGAUCGAGAUCGUCGUAAAUAUUCCUCUUAGAAUCCAUCCUAAAUUCAUGUACAUAGACAGAUAUAUGACCUGCAGCACAGGCGGCGAAGAGAAUGGUCAUAACCUCGUGUCGAGUCGUAAGUAGGGUAGCAUGAAAUGCGUACAGCGCCACGCCGCUUGAAGGUACUCUCGUUAAAUUAUUGCUGAACAAUAACAGCUCUCUUGUAGCUAGAACGCCUCGUAAUUGUACAUAAGAGUUAGUAUGAUGGCUAUUGUGUUGGUUUUUAGCCUCGCCAUUAGUUUUAUGAUUCGUUUAAAGGCCACCGUGACUGGUUGCCAUAAAGGUUGGUACGCCAGAGCAUCACAAGUACACUGGAACUGAAGGGCAGGAGAACGCAACUGCUAACCCCAAAGGUUCUUUCGCUUAUGUUGUGUCUAGUUUGCGUUUGCUUACCAUUGGGGGGUUCUUGGUCUCGAACAUGUAAUUCUAUUGUAAAGCUACCUUAAAUGGGUUACGUCAUUACGUAUCAAGUGUGCGCAUGGAGUGGCCCACGUAAAACUCUUGACGUAGCCUUUUGAAGUGUCGAUAGAAUACGAUUAAGACACGCAAUCACCAAUUGAUGUAUCAGCAAAUCAUUUUUCAGGAUGUGAUACGGUAGUGACUGUAGCUAGGUAUAUUACACAUGUAAGUUUCCCAGUGAAAAUGAGGGUAAAGUAGAAAAAAAAAACUUUUAUCUUAUUUUGCCUUUAGACUCCCAGGGAGCUAUAAAUUUAGGAGUCUAAAAGCAAGAAACUUAUUUAAUACUUUUGUCAAGUUUUGUGGCUGUUUCGGUAGGUGCAUUUUCAAGACUACUGAUAAUGUUCCUAUUGUCACACACGUCAAAAGACUCAAAGCAAUCCUUUUCUUGCUUCUCUUUUUCGUCUUAUGUUGGUACAUAAUCUUUUAGUAGACUUAAGACUUGAGACCAGUAAAAAAUACCCACGUCUAAGACCAUUUAAUCUAAUAAAGUAGGUAGAAAGUAGGUAGUUAUUAUGAAGAAAAUGAUUAUAUAAAUAAUAAUAAUAAUGUUGACAUAGAGGCGAGAUAACAAUGUAAAUCUAAACAAUAAAGUGUACAUAGUUGAAGGUGA